CAUGCGACACGAGACACAGAGAAUCUGGAUCUCACUCCGACUGGCGUGGAAGUUGCGCGGACGAAUUCGGCCGCUGGCGGAUCGUUUCCCCCAAGGUCAAUUUUCGCACAGGCGACGUGCGCACACAGGCGAGAAGGCGGGCGAUUGUCGUGCAUGGUCAUCGUUGCUUGGGUUAAAGCGACACAAGAACACCCGAACCCGAUCGUCCAUGCAUGAUCAGGCUGGCGACAAUUCCCCUACCAACGUAUCCUAUAACUUUCGCCACGCAUUCUAGACUCCAUACUCAUGUUGUAAUUGUCUCCGUUCGUGCUCUUUCCUCCUGCAUCAGUCGCCUUCCUUUCAUAAGCUCCGCUUCGCUCUCGGUGAGCGCCACUGUCGGCGCACUCGGCGGUUCGCCAUUCGUGGCCACAGGUGCCAUGGUCGAGACCCCAGUUCAUAAAAGCCACACUCAACUCGUCAUCGACCUUAGCUCCGUCCUGAUCAAAAAAUUGUGGGCGAAAAUUUGGUGUGUGGUGUGGACGUCAGAGAUGACGACCGAACAUCAUAUCGCGACUGGGUGGGUCUCGAGGAUGAUGUCCUCUCCGAUGAGCCCGCAACUCAGCGCUCUGCUGCAUGUUCAUCUCAGACUCAUUCGGCUCGGCGAUUCCCUUGAGAAUGCCUUCAACAUCAAUCCCCUGCUGGAAUGCAAGCAGCCCAUCCUCAUGGACUCAUGACCAUCCCGUGCGAUAUCACGCCAUCUCGCCACGGAUUACUGGGCGCUGGUUGCUCGACAGUAGACAUGCAGUAUGCCCGAGGUAGCGACCUUGUUCGAUGGCGUCGAAAGGUGUUGAGAUGAAGUAGUCGAUUGUAAGAGAAUACAUGGGCAUUCUUCAAUUCUUCGCAAAAAAAAAUCACGCGCGGCUAUCUCCGAGUUAUCUCCAUGGAAAUGAGGGCAAAAUUUAUUAGGAAGCGUUUGUCUCCACAGGCACCCUGUAAUGAACAGGGCACUCC